AUGACAAUGACGCAGCCCUUACGCGUAUUUGGUAUUGACUUUGGCGCGCAACGAUGCGUUGUAGCUGAAAACAACGGCGACGUAGUGCUCAAUGAGCUUGGUGCAAUGACCACAGCCUCAUUAGUUUCAUUCAAGGGUGAGGAGCGCCUUGUGGGUGAAUCAGCUGUGCUGUCAUCCAGUACGAACCCUUGCAACACUAUCGGCUUCCUAUCUGGACUUGUAGGCAAGCGCCAAUUGGCGGACGUGCAACAUCAACUUGAUCGGAUCCCUGGUCAACAAGCUACUUUUGAGGUAGACGAAUUUGAUCACGUAGUGGCUACUGUGGACUAUGGAAAGGACGGCAGAAAGACACAGUUCACGAUGGAGCAGCUUACAGGAAUGCUGUUUGCCAAUUUGGUAACGCAAAUGAAGAAACGCUUUCAGGGUGAAGCGUUCCACGUGACAUUGGCUGUGCCAUCGGUAUGGGGAGAGGAAGAAAAGCGCUCAGUUCGUGUUGCUGCAAAGAUUGCAGGCAUCGCGAGUUUGGCGAUCAUGUCGCGUGAUGCGGCGCUGGCACGCUGCUUCCAUUGCAAACACCCUUUAAAAGCUUCAUCGCUUGCCUUCUCUUUUACUGAUGAGGAUGUGUCGAUGAACGAGGCUGAAACUACCCGCCACAUUGUGAUUGUCGACAUGGGUCACACCAGCACUAGUGUUGCAGUACAUUUUCAGUGUGAGGUACAGGAGAAGCACGGACUGAGUGUAUCACUUCACUCGAAGGAGGGAAAGCGUCUGUUUCAGGCUUGCGAGAAACUGAAAAAGUUGUUGUCCACUAUUGGCGAAGCUAGCGUGAUUGUGGAAAACCUUGCUCCUGAAAAGGACAUUAACAUCUCCAUCACGCGCGAUGUAUUUAAGGAGCUGUGCGCUGCUGAACGUUCACGCAUCAUAGAAAUGAUGCAGACGGCUUUGGAAGCUGCAACGGAGAGCGUCGCCAGCGCUGACAUCGCGUCGGUUGAGAUUGUGGGCGGUGGCACUCGUAUCCCGUUCGUUCAGGAGGCUAUCAUCGAGGUAUUCCCUGCCGAACAGCAGCGUAAUGGUGCACUCAUCGGUCGCAUGCUGGAUUCUACGACGGCCAUUGCGCUGGGUGCGGCUUUUUCGAGUGAGGUGGCCGCUGCUGCAGCUGCAACCCCAGCAGAAGCUGACGAGGAUGCAAUGGAUGUUGACCGGUAUGUUGCUUUGGAAAAGGAGUUCCAAGCACGUGAUGCGGAACUGGCCGCAAUUUCUCACGAGCGUAAUGCGAUCGAGUCCUUUGUGUAUGAGAUGCGAUCCAAAAGCAGCGGCAAGCAUGGAGACAAGCUUGACACUUCCAAGCUAAACCCAUUGCUGGAUGCUGCUGAGGAUUGGAUCUACUCUGAGGAUGCAGAAGCGGCUACGCUUGAAACGAUCCAGGCGCAGCAUCAGUUGAUUAAGACUGAAGUCCGUGCCGCUUGCGAGGCAUAUUUUUCAGCUAUUCAGGCCGACGAACAGACCCUGGAGAAGCAGCUUGAGCACGAGUCACAAAAGGCUGAGGUGGAGCGUCAGGCUGAGGGUGGCGACGAAGACCACGAUACGCGUAAGCUCAAGAAACCUGAACGCAUGCGAAUGGUCGUCAAGAACAAAGAAGAGGGCAACGAGCUUUUCCGUGAUGGCAACCACAAGCAUGCGGCUGCACGUUACGUGAAGGCUUUGACUCACGCUUCCAAGUUUUUCGACCUCUCUGACUCUGACAAGACGGAGGUGGAUGCGAUCAAGCUCAGCCUGUAUUUGAACCUCGCACAGUGCUAUCUAAAGAUGGAGAACUACACGAAGGCUGUAGCUAACUGCAAUGAAGCACUCGCACUGGAUGCCAAGAACGUGAAGGCGCUCUACCGCCGCGCUGUGGCGUACGAAAAGGAGAACAAGUUGGAGCUUGCGGCAGAUGACGUCAAAGAGGCUCUGCUUCUAUCACCACAGGACCGUGCUGUCGCUACGCUCGACGGACGGCUGAAGGAACGCUUGCGCCGUCAGCUUGAAAAGGAAAAGAAGAUGUGGAGCAAGGCAUUUGCAUGA